AUGUCCGGAAAAGAUGGAGCGUCACCUAACGAUGACUGGUUACCAGAGAAAAAGACCACCGCUAAGCUUAGUGUCGCCGAUAGAGUCGCGUCUUUUCGGCACAAGUCCGUUCAGUCUGGGGGAGCCGUCCCUGUACCUGCUGCAUCGGGCCGAACCGGAACCAGUACGGCUGGCUCGGUUCGAACCGGACCCAGUGCUGCUGGUUCGGUCCGAACCGGACCCAGCGCUGCUGGUUCGGUUCGAACGGGGACCAGUGCUGGUGGUUCGGUCCGAACCGGAUCCAGUACUGCCGGUUCGGCCCGAAGCGGACCCAGUUCUGCAGGUUCGGGGGCUUCUAAAGACUCCAGUGUGGCUUUGGAAGUGGAGCUCGGGCAGCUGAAAAUAAAGAAUAUGGACAUGCGACUGAAAAUGGAGAACAUGCAAGCGGAGUUGAAGGCAGCAAAGGAGCAGAUCGGGCAGAUGACGAAAGAAAUUGAAUCAUGGAAGAGAGGUGGAGUUUCUGAGGACGCUGCUGGGGAGAUGCAGGCAGAAAUUGAAAAGCUGAGGAAAGAAUUGGCGGAAAGCAAAAUUGUUGGAGGGAGUGGCGCCGCAAUGGGCGCAAAAGAUAAGGAGUUAAAGGAAAUGGAGGAGAAAUUUAUGGCUAUGGAGGUGGAUCUUGGCAAGUAUAAGUUCGUGCAUGACAGCUUAAAGGAGAAAGUGGAGAAGCUUACAAAGGAUAACAAGAAACGCGUGGCUUCGGAGAAAGAAGCUCUAGAGGCGAUUGGGAAAGUGCGGGAGGAGAAGGAGAAUAUGGAGAGGAAGCUUGAAGAGGCGGAGAUGGAGAGGGAUGAGGCGAGGAAGUCGAGGGAGGAGGCGGAAUUGCAGAAGGAGCAGGCUAUGAGGGGGAAGGAAGAGGUGGAGGCGAGAAUGGAAGAGCUGGUGGAGGCUGCUUGUAGGGACUCGGAGGAAGGGAGGAGGAAGGCGGAGCAGGAACGGGAUGAUGCGCUGAGGGUGAAAGAGGGUGUGGAAGGAGAGAAAGCAGAGUUGCAGAAGUGUUUGGAGGAGGAAUUGAGGAAGCGAGAGGACGCUGAGGAGAUUAAGGAGCAGGCUGUUGGGGAGAAGGAAGAGGCGGAAAGGGCGCGGGCGGAGGCGGAAAGGGGGAGGGAGGAGGCGGAAGCUGCGCGCGAGCAGGCGGAGAGGGCGAGGGAGGAGGCUUUGGCCCGGAAGGCGGAGGCGGAGGAAAGCAGGGCCGCGGCUGAGGCCGCAGCUGCUGACGCGGAGAACGCUCGAGCUGACGCGGAGAGUGCUCGCGCUGACGCGGAGAGGAAGCAGCAGGAGGCGGAGGCGGAAAGGGAAGAAGCCUUGGCGGAGAAAGAGAAGGCGGAGAGCGCUCGAGCAGAGGCGGAGGAGCAACGAGAAGAGGCGGAGGCGCAGCGAGAAGAGGCUGGUAAGGCGAGAGAGGAGGCGGAAGGGGCGAGAGCGGAAGCGGAGCAGGCGCGGGCACAGGCGGAAGGAGAAAAAGCAGAGGCGGAGAAGGCGAGGGCGGAAGCGGAAGAGGCGCGCGCGGAAGCUGAGGAGGCGCGGCAGCAAGCUGAAGCGGCGAGAGAGGAGGCUGAAAAAGCGAAGGAGGAAGCGGAGAAUACGGCUAAAGAUGCUGUUUCGGCACAGGAGGAGGCUGAGAAGGCGAGGGAAGAGGCGGAGAAAGCAAGAGACGCGGCUACUGAUGCAAAAGAGGAGGCGGAGCGAGCGAGGGAGGCCGCGGAAGCGCAGCAGCAGCAGGCGGAGGCGGCCCGCGCGGAGGCUGAGCGGAAGCAAGAGGAAGCGGAGGCGGCGAGAGAGGAGGCGGAGCGGAAGCAGGAGGAAGCGGAGAAGGCGCGGGAGGAGGCGGAGUCGGAGAGGCAGCAGGCUGUGAUGGUGAGAGAGGAGGCGGAACAGGCUAAGGAGGAGGCGGAAAGGGCGCGAGCAGAGGCGGAAAGCGCGCGUGAGGCGGCCGAAACCGCCAAGGCGCAAGCCGAGAAGGAUAAGGAAGAGGCUGAGGCAGCGAGAGCGGAGGCAGAGGUAGCGAGGGCGCAAGCUGAGAAGUAUAAGGAAGAGGCAGAUGCAGCUAGGGCAGAGGCUGAAAAGGACAAGGACGAGGCUGAAGCUGCGCGGGAGGAGGCAGAGAAGGUUAAGGCGGAGGCGGAAGCAGCGCGAGAGGAAGCGGAACGGGCUAGGGGCGAGGCGGAAAACGCACAGGCUGAAGCUGAGAAGCGGAUGGAGGAGGCGGAGAAGGGGAGGGAGGAAGCAGAGAGGGGGAGGGAGGAAGCAGAGAGGAAGCAAGCUGAGGCGGAGAGUGCAAGAGCUGAGGCUGAGAGGCGUGCGGAGGAGGCGGAGAAGGCGAGAGAGGAAGCAGAGAGGCAGCAAGCUGAAGCGGAGAGUGCUAGGGGUGAGGCAGAGCGGAGGGAGCAGGAGGCGGUUGAUGCGAGGAAGGACGCUGAAGCGAGGCGAGAUGAGGCUGAAACGCGCAAGGAGGAGGCUGAGAGGGCGCGUGACGAGGCGGAGAGGCGGAAGGAGGACGCGGAGAGGGAGAGAGACGAGGCGGAGAGGGUUCGGGUGGAGGCGGAGAGGGCACGGGAGGAGGCGGAACAGGCGAAGGGGGAGGCUGAGGGGAGGGCAGCGGAGGCGGAAAAGAGGAGGCAGGAGGAGGAAGAAGCGCGGGUGAAUGCGGAGCGUGAGAGAGAGGAGGCGGAGAGGGCGAGAGAGGCUGCUGAGAAGGAACGGGCAGAGGCGGAGAAGCAGAGGGAGGAGGCGGAGGAGAGGCGGGUUGAAGCUGAGAGGAAGCAGGCGGAGGCAGAAGCAGCUCAGGGGGAGGCGGAAGCAGCUCAGGCGGAGGCGGAGGGGGCGAAGGCGGAAGCGGAGGCUGCUAAGGCGGAGGCGGAAGCAGCUAGGAGCGCGGCGGAAGCAGCACAGGCGGAGGCAGAGAGGCGGAGGGAGGAAGCUUUGGAAGCCAAGGCUGCUGCGGAGGCUGGGAGAGCGGAAGCGGAGCAGGCUCAGGCGGAGGCGGAAGCUGCAAGGGCGGAGGCGGAGGGGGUGCGGGAGGAGGCGGAGAGGAAGCAGGCAGAGGCGGAAAGGGCGAGGGAGGAGGCGGAGGGGAAGAGGGACGAGGCGGAGAGGCGGAGGGACGAGGCGGUGAGGAGGGAGGAGGAGGCGGAGAGGGCAAGGGAGGACGCUGUGAGGGAUAAGGAGGAGGCGGAAGGGAAGAAAGACGAGGCAGAAAAGGCUAAGGGAGAGGCAGAGGAAGCGCAGGCUCGGGCAGAAGAGGCAAAAGCGUUGGCUGAAGCGGCACGAGCAAAGGCGGAGGCUGAGAGGGAUGAGGCGGUUAAGGCGAGAGAGGAGGCGGAGAGGAGGCAGGAGGAGGCGGAGGGUGCUCGUGGUGAGGCUGAGAGGAAACAGGAGGAGGCGGAGAAGGGGAGGGAGGCUGCGGAGCAGGCUCAGGCAGAGGCGGAAGCGAGGCAAGGGGAGGCGGAACGUGCAAAGGAGGAGGCGGAGAGGGUGAGGGAUGAGGCGGAGAGGCAGCGAGAUGAGGCUGUGAGAGCGAGGGAGGUGGCUGAAGAGGCGAGGGAGGAGGCGCAGGCAAGGCAGGCUGAGGCGGAGAAGGCAAGGGAUGAAGCAGAGGCUGCAAGAGAGGAGGCGGAGAGGGUGAGAGAUGCUGCUGAAGCAGCUAAGGAAGAGGCGCUGAGGAAGCAGGCAGAGGCGGAGAAGCAGAGGGAGGAGGCGGAGAUGAGAAAGGGAGAGGCUGAAGAGGCCAGGGCAAUGGCGGAGAAGAACCAGGAGGAGGCGGAGGGUAGGAUGAGAGAUGCUGAGAAGGCACGGGAGGAAGCGGAGAGGGUGAGGGACGAGGCUGUGAGGGCAAAGGAGGAGGCUGAACAGGCGAAAGAGGAGGCUGAGAGGAGGCAGGAGGAGGCGGAGGCGAGGAGAGAUGAGGCUGUGAAAGCCGAGGAAGUUGCUGAGAAGAAGCAGGAGGAGGCUGAGAAGGAGAGGGAUAGUGCUGUGCAGGCGAAAGAGGAGGCUGAUGGGAAGAGAAUUGAAGCUGAGAGUGCCCGGGAGGAAGCAGAGAAGGCGAGAGCUGCUGCGGAGGAGAAGCGGGAGGAGGCUGAGAAGGCUCGUGCAGAGGCUGAAGGUAAGCAGCAGGAGGCUGAGGAGAAGCAGAGGGAGGCAGAGGAGGGGAGGAGGGCGGCGGAGGAGGCAAAGGAUGAGGCUGAAGCGAGGCAGGCAGAGGCGGAGAGGGCUCAGAGUGAAGCAGAGAGGAAGGAGAGAGAAGCAGAGCAGCGGAAGGAGGAGGCGGAGGAAGCUAAGGAGCAGGCAGUGAGGGAGAAGGAGGAAGCAGAUGCGAAGAGAGAGCAGGCAGAGCAGGCAAAGGCGGAGGCUGAUGAGAAGCGGGAGCAGGCGGAGCAAGCCAAGGCAGAGGCAGACCAGAAGCAGGCUGAGGCAGAGCGAGCGAGGGAGGCAGCAGAAGCGGAGAGAGAGGAGGCUGUGAGGGCGAGGGAGGCUGCGGAGAAAGCUCAGCAGGAGGCGGAACAAGCGCAGGAGGAAGCGGAGAGGGCGAGAGACGAGGCGGAGAAGUUGCGUGAGGAAGCUGAUGGUCUACGGGCUGAUGCGGAGGAGGGGAGGGAAGAGGCUGAGAAAGCGAAGCAGGCCGCGCGGGCUAGUCUGCAGGAAUCUCUGGCGCUGCUGGGAGAGGCUGCUGAGGCAAGAGCUGCAGCCGAGAAGGAGCAUGCGGAGCUUGGGAGGCUGAAGGCUGAGGCGGAGAGAGCGAGGGCGGAGGCUGAAGCGCAGAGGGAUGAGUCUGAGUUGAAGUGGCAGCAGGCUGAGAAGGCUAGAGAGGAGGCGGAACAGAAGAGGAGUGAGGCUGAGAAGGCCAGGGAGGAGUCUGAGCGCAGGAGGGAUGAGGCGGAAGGGGUGAAAGAGGAGGCUGUGAGAGUGAAGCUAGAGGCUGUGAACGCAAAACUGGAUGCUGAGAGUGCGAGAAAUGAGGCGGUGAGGAGGCGGGAGGAGGCGGAGGGGAAGCGGGAUGAGGCGGAGAGGAAGCAGCAGGAGGCAGAGAGACUGAGGGAUGAGGCGGAUAGGUUGAGGGAGAAGGCGGAGAAGUUGACGAAGGAGGCGGAGAAGGGGAGGUUGAUUGCGGAGCAAGCGAGGGCGGAGGCGGAGCAGGCGAGGGAUCACACAGCUCAUGUGCUGGAAGAGACCAAGAAGGAGCUCGAGCUGAAAAGCCGCGGCUUCUUGAAAAAGGUUUUCAAGUGA